GCGCUUUGUUGAUGGAUCACAGCCGCAGGGUGAUCCACGCCGCACAAUCGCCGCUUCAAGCACACGGUGCCGCGUAAUUGGUCCUUCUUAGACGCCAAAGAAUUUUAUAAAGCAUCUCUGCCCGACAAGUGAUUCCCUUUACUCUCCUAGUUUGCAUCGCCAAUAAAAAGUCAUCCCUAAUUCACCGCAAGUUCCAUCAAAAUGGUUGUCUCCAUCAUCGUCCAAGACGAAAUCACCGUUUCGCUCUCCAUUGUCCUACGAAAGCUCAGCAUCUUCGUCUUCGUCGUGUCUUUUGUGCCCUACAUCGUACAGGGUGCCAUCUCGAAGGAAGUAUUUCCAGCACUUGGUCUCCUGGGGCUCGCAGGCUCUGCUCUGCUCGCCGUCAUCGAUCUACGUAGCCGACGUGUCAGGCUUCCCGAGACUACUCCAAGACGCGGUUCAUUCCGCAAAUACGUUACUCUUCUCGCCGAUCUUGGCUUGCUCACCUUUCAUCUCUCCUUCAUCAUUGUUAGCAUCAUCAUACUCUCACAAGGAGGAUGUGGGUGGAGAGGAUACAGAGGCGGUUCCGGCGCCGUCGUCAUGGGCACUUACAAUACACUCGCUCUCUGGACUAACCUUCUUAUCCAUGGCUACUUCAUCUUGCGUUGCCUUGCCAGCAACAAAGAAGACGACGAGGUGGCGGCUAUUAUUGAAGAAGGCCGCGCUGCCCAUCCCCGAUUCCAGCCAUACGGCGAUGCCGAGGAGACUAGCGAUGAAACAACACGCCUGGUCCGUGCUUCUCGUGAACCUGUCGCUGAGGCCAGCAUCGACGCCUCCAAAAACUAGACCUUGACGCAUGGCUCGUACAAGGCCAUUCCGCGGCGAACUGGUAUGCCUCUGCUGAUGGGAGCGCUGCAUAUCAAGACUGAACCCCAUCAGUAUAGUAAUUAAAAAUAGGAAUUAGAAUGAGUAAUCAAUGCAUCAGUUCAUUAUGUAGAGCCACGGAUAUCUUCGCCGACUCAGAGUAGAAAAUAUAAUACAAAAUAUGCGGAUCUGGCGGCAAACUAGUUCCUCGCGCCAUGCAUACAUCAUGCAAGGCCACUUGACUCAGUGGUCUUCGACAUGAAGUUGUCCGGACUGGCAUCGCUCGUUGGCGUCGUGUCACCUAGUUGGUCUUCUCCUUCAAUCAGCUCUCCAUUUUCGAUGGCUGCGAGUCGAGCUGCUCGCCCUUCCUUCUUUCGAGGCACAGGUGCUGCUCUGAUUAGCAUUCAAGUCUCCCAUAGUUUGCGAAUAGUUCUCUUACCUCGGCCAUUUUCUUGUACAUAAAACCGACGUAGUAAUCCGACGGCUUCAUCCCGACCCCAACCGCCUUCAAUCUCAUAUCCGGCCUCCACGUUGCCACCAUCACCGCCGCCAGGAGGGAAAGAGAUACCAAGAGUCCCUCCUGUUCCAUCAGCUAGUUGUGUUGCACGUGGCAUGGGAUGUGCGCUGGCGGUCUGUCCAUCUUCGGAGACUGGAAGAGAAUUGGCGUGAAUGCUGAAUACACCACCUGUACCGCCAAACUUAUCAUUCACCGCUCCAAAGUAGACUUUUUUAAUACCAAGCUGUCGCAGCAGCGAGGCGCACAUAAUGCACGGCUCUACCGUAACAUAAAGAAUGCUCUCUGUGAUGAUAGACUUAUUCACGCGUUCGUCCGAAAUGAGCUUCUGCCCGUAGGGGUAGAGAUGGCUUUUGCUUCCAUCCUCAUUCCCUUCGUGUAGCGCUAUGUUGUUCAGCGAUGCCGUUUCAGACGCCGUGUCAACAGAUUCGCCAUCUUCGAUCAGAGCCUCUCGUUCUUCUUUCAUAUCGCGGACCUCCUUCUCGGACAGCUCCUUUGGCUUUAGACGUGUUGUGCGGGGGCCGGUUUUGGAGGGGGAUGAUAAUAACGCACAGAUAGCCAUGAAUUCGGCGUGUCGUGUUCCAUUUCUGGUUACAUUCGUAGCGUUCAUGCCUCUCGCAAUAAUCUCACCGUUUCUAACAAGCACACAACCAACGGGCGUCUCAUUAAUUUUCAGAGCCAGCCGGGCCUAU